AUGGCGAAGAGGAACUCUUUCAAUCGCAGUGCCGGAAAGAAGACUUCUUUUACGUUCCCGCUGCUUCACCCAAAAGUCGCCAACGCUGUCAUCGACCAUAUCACCGUCGUCUGGGUCAGCAAAAAGACCACACGAGAGCCAAACAACACUCACUCCACCUCGGUAAAGGGAAAGUUCACUUGCGACAAUGAUGCUUGUCCCAACAAAACUUGGACAAGCGGAAAAGUGACUUUGGCGAUUCAGGGAUACCCAGGCGGCGGCUAUAACGCAGUCGUAUACAUGUGCAAUCGACUGGGGAUUUUCUCCCUGGAUGAAGACACAUACGUCGAUCGAAUUGCAUAUCGGUUGAAGAAGUGGGCGGGCGUGGCAAUGGAGCGGCGUGUGUACGAAAGAAGGGGUACCCCUCCCCACAAGAAAGAGCUUUGUGAGGGCUGCAAGAAAGGCUGUUGUAGACAGGGAUCUCAAUCUGUACUGAGUUGAGAUAUUCCGAAGGUGAUUUCGGGCUGGGGAGCUCUCCAGGUAAAGAGCGUCGCAGCUUAGCCUUGUGAUACUGACGGCGUAUCCAAGCUCAGCUUUGCGAUGUAGUCAACUACAAUAGAGAGGCGUGGCAAUCUUUCAACUCCUCUCAUCUACAGAUACAUCAAAGCUUGCGUUUGGGCUUGACGGAUCGCGGUGGAAGCUUAUCGGAACUGCGGGAGAUGUGAUACGCUUGCAGAAGGUGAACGAUGAGUCCAACCCCAGCGUCAACAGCGGAUGAACGACGGUCAGUGCAGACAACGGCAGCACGACGUCUUCGUACGCAAUGACUGGUAAUACGUCAU